GUAAGAUACAUGACGGAUCAACUAAACAACACAGCAUGAGUGGGUUUGUGUGUUUUCACCUUCACACGGGAUCAGAUCGGAUCAAUGCAGCGGGGUCGGAUUUACAGGAAUCUGCUGAUCCGAUUUUUUCUCAAUCUACACUGCUUUGAGUGGUCUGUAGUCCUCAACACCACAGGAUGGAGGGUUUGUCAGUCAAUAGUUCCCUGUUCAACAGCAGGGAUGGAUCAUCAGAGCCGCCUGUCCCACCCAGCAUGUCAAUCGAUAAACUCUUCCCAGCUCUGCUUGAAUGUUUUGGGAUAAUACUGUGUGGAUACGUCGCCGGGCGUACAAACAUCAUCUCAGCUACACAAGCCAAAGGGCUGGGCAACUUUGUCUCCAAGUUUGCACUGCCAGCUGUGCUGUUUAAGAACAUGGUGCUUCUGGACUUUGGCGAUGUCAUCUGGCCGUUUUUCUUUAGUAUCCUGGUGGCCAAAGUGACGGUGUUCUUCAUUGUGUGUGUACUUACACUACUGGUGGCAAACAGAGAGAGUCGCUUCUCUAAGGCUGGACUCUUCCCUAUAUUUGCCACACAGAGCAAUGACUUUGCUUUGGGAUUCCCCAUAGUCGAAGCUCUGUAUCGAAACACUCAUCCUGAGUAUCUGCAGUACAUCUAUCUGGUUGCUCCCGUCUCCCUUAUGGUCCUGAACCCGCUGGGCUUUGCCCUCUGUGAGGUGCAGAGAUGGAGAUCUGGUGAACCUCACCAGCAGAGUAAAAUACGUGUGUUGGGUUUGGUGGUCCUUCAGGUCGUCAAGAACCCCAUCGUUUUUAUGGUGGUGAUCGGGAUUAUUUCUCACUUUCUGCUGAACCAGAAGAUCCCACCUUUCCUUGAAGAGUUUGUGGACGGUCUGGCGAACUCGUUUGGAGGAACAGCACUGUUUUAUCUGGGUCUAUCGAUGGUUGGUCAGCUGAAGAAACUCACACGAUCCACAGUGGUGGCUCUUAUUCUGCUUAUCACAGCGAAACUGCUGGUCAUGCCUUUGAUCUGCAGAGGGAUGCUUGAGGUUUUGGACAGUGCCCACAGCAGCUCAGUGAACCACAGCAGUCUGUCAAACUAUGCCUUCCUGUAUGGGGUCUUUCCUACAGCCCCUAGCGUGGCCAUAUAUGCAUCCCAUUACAAUAUGGAGCUGGAGGUGGUGACCUCAGGGAUGGUGAUCAGCACAUUUCUCUCUGCACCCAUCAUGUAUGUAUCUGCCUGGCUGUUGACCAUUCCAUGGAUGGACCCGACGGCGUUGGCUUUAGCGCUGCAGAACGUCAGCUUUAACAUCAGCAUCGUCAGCCUCUUCGCAUUGGUGUGGAGCGUUACAGUCAUGCUGUUGAGCAGGAAGUUUGGCAGAGUUCCCCACAUGUUCACUAUAAAUUUAUUUGUGGCACAGUUAUUGGCGUGUGUGAGUAUGAUAUCAUGGAACUUUGUGGUGAAGGGCGAGAGCUUCCUGAGUCACGUCUUGAUCUUUACUCUGCUUUACACUUCUCUAUACAGCACAUAUGUUUGGCCGGGUCUGAUCAUUCUGUCUAUGCUCCUCAUGAGGAGAAGUGAGGAGGUGAAAGUCAGACCAGGAUUCAUUCUCAUCACUGGCUGGGGUCUGCCUGUGUUGGCCGUGAGCGCUGUUCUCCUGUCAGGAGAGCAAAUGACUAACACCAUUGACUCUGCAUUCUUCUAUGGAAAGACACAGGUGAUCUGCACGUCUGUGGUGUUAUGUGUGAGUAUUGUGGUGUGUGGCGUCUCUCUGGCUUUACUCAGCAGACAGACGCAGGACUAUCAGACGCUUGAGCGCCGGUCACUAUCUGUCAGUCAAGAAGAUCUGAUUCCUGCCUGUGAAACACGAGCAGAGAGAACUGUUGAGCAACCCUCCACAGUCACCAGCAUCAAUACCGAUUGUGAAUUGUGUGAAUGUGAGUGUGCUCGUGUGCGGCCCAUGCCUGACAUGAUCACCAGUACCUGUGCAAGAGAGCAGACACCUUUAUCAUCAGGUCGGUGUGGCCAGCUAUGUGCAUCCACUCACUGUUUGCUGGUGGAAGAGGAACAGAAAGAGGCAGACAGACAGAAGACAGACAUACAGACAACCAGACAUGUGCUCCUGUGUCUCUUACUGACUGUCAGUCUGCUCGCUAAUCUGUCGAGUUGUCUGUGGUGGAUCUGUAAUAAAGUUCCUGGUCGUCUCUAUCUGGAGCUGCAGUUUUUCUGUGUUGUGCUUAAUUAUGGGCAGGGUUUAAUUUCAUUUGCAUUUUUUGGUCUUGACAAGCAUUUAAUUAUCUCUCCAUUCAAAAAGAGGUUAGUGAGCCUGUGGCAGGGUUGGGGUCAGGAGGUGACAGACUCUGCAGCAUCUGAGGAGAUCAGACUGACCUGCAGUCAGUUCCUCACGUAUCACAGAGAGCAGUGCAUCAGAGAUAUCGUUCAGAAGAAGAGGUGUGGAGAGAAAAGUAGCACAGAGACAUUUUUGGGCAGUGAUUUGGUUCGCUGGCUGCAGAGCGUAGGAUUGGCCAGAGACAACGGGGAGGCGGUAGCGUACGGGUCAAGCCUGCUGGAAGGAAGAGUCAUUCAGCACAUCACCGGUGAACACGGAUUUCAGGACGAAUCCCUGCACUACCGUUUUAUAUAGAGGAGAUCAACUGAGGCUGACAAACAGACGAGGGUUUCUUUUAGUGAGAUAUUUAUCUUGCAAUACUCACAGCAAUAACUACAUGUGAAAUUAUUUGAGCUCUUCAAACACCAUGGCCUUAUCUACCUCACACAUACAAGAUAGUAAAGUGUUGAUGGAAAAACUUACUGCAUUUCAAGGCUUUUGUUGUGUACAGAAUCAAACGGCGAGUGUUGGAUUACAUUUGGUCCUGAUAAAUCUAGAUUAUCAUUUGAACUGUCAGUUGUCUGUUAAACAUUUAGUUUGACAGGAAUCUAAUAACAAUGGUAUGAAGUUUAUGAUUUUAUAUUUUCAACCAAUUAAUUAAAGGGAUAGUUCAUCCAAAAAUGAAAAUUUCUGCUGAACACAAAUGAAGAUAUUCUGAAUGUUUGUAAUAAAGCAGAUCUGGGACACCAUUGACUUCCAUAGAUGAGAAAAAAUACUGAAGAAGUGAAUGGUGCCCCAGAUUUGUGUUCAGCAGAACAAAGACAUUUAAAGAAGUUUGAGGGUAAGAAAAUGAUGAUGACAAUGUUUAUUUUUCAGUGAACUAUCACUUUAAAAACGCGUCCACUUAAUAAUCUUCUGUACUUUCAUUUCAAAACAUUUUGUAUGUUGCAGAUUUGCUCGCCCAAUAGAAUGUGUCAGAUGUUUUUGUUUGCAGAAUGUUUAAUUUAUUUAAUGUGAAUUUGAUUGAACUGGUCAGUAAUUUCUAAUUUGAAUUAAGUUGUACAGCUGAUUCUGUAAAAUUCUUGUGGUACGAGAUGUUUGUAUUAUUUUUUUGUUUAUUUAAGGGUACAGAUAAUACAUGAUUUUUGUCUUUCAUCUUCUCAGUCUUUUCAACUUCCAGUUCACACAAUAAAAAGUCUCAAAGUGCAUAAUAAUAAACACAAUCUGAACUUUA